AGCUGUCAUCAACUUGUUAAACAAGUUUCCCUUUAAUUGCUUUCUGUUAUUGUGCCCAGCCCUUAAAAUCUCAACUAUCUUUGUGGUUAGCACAUUUACCUGAGAACCACUGGUCAGGACAAAUGGAGUGCAGAAGUUUCCUGUAUCUUUACUAACAGCAGCAACCAUUACAUCAACACAUCAUGUACAGACCAGUCACAGCUUCCCACACAUCGGUGCCACUAUGGAUAGUUGCCCUCAUUGUGUUUGGAGUGUUGGCAAUUCUGGGAAUAACUAUCGGUCUCCUCAUUCAUUUUCUGGCAGUAGAAAAUAGGACUAACUAUUAUCAAGGAAGCUUUGAAGUGCUAGAUAUCCCAUAUAAUAGAAAUUAUGAAAGGGAGACAUCACAAGAAAAUAACUAUCUUAGUAAAAUCCUUGAAACCAAGAUGGUUGAUGCAUUUCAAAAUUCUGAUAUUUACAGACAAUAUAUCAAUUCCCAAGUUAUCACACUGGUUCCUGAUGGCAACAGUGUGACAGCACACAUAUGGCUGGUAUUCAAGGAUUCCAGAGCAAGGAAGGAAAACACAAGAAGAAGAAUUGAGAGCAUCUUACGUCAGAUGCUGAGGAGCCAGUUGGGAUCCUUGACCACAGACCCCACUUCUCUUAAGCUUGUGGAAAUCAGUAAAUCCAACGCUGAAAAAAUUAUCAACAGCCGCUGUGGGAGACGAGCGAGGAUAUCUGCCACACAUGACAGAAUCAAGGGAGGCUCCACAGCCCAGGAGGGCGAGUGGCCAUGGCAGGCCAGUCUCAAAAUGAACGGCAGGCACUACUGCGGGGCCACGCUGAUCAGUGAGGUGUUCCUGGUGACUGCAGCUCACUGCUUUACAAAGACGGAUAAUCCAAAAAACUUUGCUGUUAGCUUUGGCACUGAAGUGACUCCUCCCUACAUGCAACAUUAUGUUCAACAAAUUAUUAUUCAUGAAGGCUACAUUAAAGGUGAACAUCAUGAUGAUAUUGCAAUUAUACGGCUCACUGAGAAAGUUUUAUUUAAAAAUUAUGUGCAUAGAGUUUGUCUUCCUGAAGCCACACAGAUAUUUCUGCCUGGAGAAGGAGUUGUUGUCACAGGAUGGGGAGCACUUUCCUAUGAUGGUAAAUUCCCAGUGUUACUUCAGAAGGCACCUGUGAAAAUUAUUGAUACAAACACGUGUAAUGCUGAAGAAGCAUAUGAUGGCAUGAUACAGGACACAAUGCUAUGUGCUGGCUACGUGGAAGGAAAUAUCGAUGCCUGUCAGGGUGACUCUGGAGGACCACUAGUGUAUCCCAAUUCUCGAAAUAUUUGGUACCUUGUUGGCAUUGUGAGCUGGGGAGAUGAAUGUGGCAAAAUCAAUAAGCCAGGCAUCUACACGAGAGUGACAGCCUACCGCAACUGGAUCACCUCCAAGACUGGUGUCUGAGGGAAAAGCAUCUUGUAAAAUUAACACAGGUCAUUGUCGCCAUGACUCCUAGGCCUUACUUAACAUGCUUUUCAAAUUAAUGGGUACAUUGGCUGUUUGAAAGAAUUAUGGACCUGAGGGAAUGUUUGUGAACUUUUAUUUUAAGCACACUCAACAAGACAAAAUAAGAAAUCCUACUGUUUUUGGUCCAGAAAGGCUUAAAGCAAGAAAGUACGCUGAUCAAAAAUAACUUUUAUAAUACCAUUUAUUUUCUAUUUCAUUAACUCAUGUUAUAGUUAUCUCACCACAGUACAAAGCUCUUGGUGUUUGUUAUUACAACUUUGUAGAGUUAUGAAGAUGUAUUUUUGCCCACAGGAAAUUAGCAGACAACACAAUGAGAGAUUGGAAUUACAAGGGUUAGGUUGGAGCAUGCUGUGUCUGCUUUUAUGUCAUAGCUUUUGUGGAAGAUAUACCACUUUGGUAUAAUUCAAGUCCAAAUGUAGCUACUGAUUCCUAUCUCUUAUUUGUACUGGAACCUUCCUCAGUUGUCACAAACAUUGUGAAAGAAUUUCACAAUGAAAGUAAACAAAACAAUAGACUUUAAACUUACUAGGGACCAAGUAUAAUAAUUCUGCAGUAUUGGUAUAGGAUUUGAUGGAAAUUCCCCAUUUGAUAUAUAUUUUUAAAGAAUAACCAUAAACAAUGAAAAUGUGUAAUGUAUUUUAAUUAAAACAAAUUA